ACAUCUGUUGAGUUCUUUUGUUUUCGCCUAAUUGAUCUCUCUCGCUUGUUUAGGGGUUUCUUCUCGAGUUUCGAUCCCGAUCUUGGAUCUUAGGGCUAGGGCUUGGUUUUGGUUUGCUCUGAAAUUCGAGGCAGAGAUGGCAAUGAGGCAAUUCUACUCCGAAAUUAAGGGUUUGAAAGUUAAGGAGCUGCCGGCGUACGUGAAGCCGAUGCUCUCCGUUGAUUAUGUUAAGAAGGCAGUGCAGAGAGGUCUUGACAAUUAUAACGCGAAGUAUAUUCAGACCGGUUCUAUUGACCCUCUGCUCCAUGUUUGCUUUGGCGGUAUGAUCCUUUCCUAUCUUUUGGCGCUCCCUGAGGAACGGCGCCAUCUUGCACAUCAGCAACACGCCAAAGAGCAUGGUGGCCACUGAUUGAGUUCUUUAUCUUUUGAGGGUGAAGGUGCCUCAAAGGUGUCUCUGGUCAAUAAUUUGUUUCCCGAUUGUUUCUGUAUCUUGUUUGCUACUGGCUGAAACUUGCAAUCAUUGAGGAAAUAAACAGACUUUUCUGUGAGUUUUUAAUCAUAUAUGGCAACCAUCUUUGAGUCGCAGAACAAGUUCAUGGUUGUUUUGUUUACUUUCUUGCACACGAUCCUCCCCCAUACUCAUAUUUCUCUGGUCCGUGCUUUGUCAAUGGCCUACAAUACUAUUGCUGCUGGCUUCAAAUGCAAAUGGUUGUCUUUCAUUUCUUCAAGAUGUUAAAAGUAAUCUCAAGGAUUACAAUGAUGUUACAUUUUCUAA